AUGAACGAGUACGAGCACGAGGACAUGUUCCAGGGGCUCGCCGUUUCCAUGCCAACCGAGACGCCCGACGAGAGCGAAAGGUUCGCUGCCCCAAGAGACCGCCCGUUUCGCAAUCAAUUUCGCACUUUCAGAGUCGUCAUGACGGGCAAAGGAGGCGUGAAACUGGAGGAGAAACUGUGGGUCGACGAGUGCUAUCUUUUCCAGGUGAGUCCCAACUUCUCAAUCGAUCACUCGGAAAAGUAAUAUUCCGAAAUUGUCUUCACUGUUUUUUCUGUUCCAAUCCAAGUCCGACCGAAAAAUGUUCCAUAAAAACCGGUGCAAAAUGUGUCAUUUAAGGAUGAGUCGUUGGCUCCGAUCUUCUGCAAAUCCAAGUUGAUUCCGCUGAAAACGAUCACGACUCAAAAGUUGGAGCAAAUGCAGAAAGAGCAGAUGGAGAAGCUUCAAGUUCCGGAGAAGGAGGUGACGAUUACGUGUAGAAGAUUUCGACGACUUUUGAGUGUUUCAGGAGCACGAGGACGUCAUCGAAGAAGAGGACGAGUCGGCCGAAAGAGGAGACGGUCCGUCUACUUCUGCGCCGAAAGAGGCCGACGUCUGGACCGCCGACAAUUGA